UUUGUUAAUUGCUUAUUGUGAUUAACGAUUUAGUAAUGGAACAACAAUGUUUUACUGUCUAAAAGCAAUAACAGUGCUGUGGGCAACCACAGGAAUGGCUAGUAUCAGCAUUAGACGAGCCGGUUGGUUAGACCGAAUGGUGAAAUACCACAAGAAUAAUUUUUUUGAGGAUCUGAGGAACUUGCCCGUUGUCCAUAUAAAAGCGAAAAUCGAACGUGACCGUGGCCACGAUAACAACUUCUAUUAUGACAUGGAUGCCGGAGAAUAUUACGCAGAUACAGAACGCUUUGACGAUCAUUUGGAUGAGGAAAAUAUUAUCGUUGUAAGCAACCCAGUGGAAGCAAGACUGCCGAGUGCCAGUAUAAGCGUUAGGCUACUUAAAUCCAUACUAGAAAACAGAGCUAAGGCCGGUCGGUUAAUGCCGACUACGAAAAAAAAUAUACCCUGGUCAACAACGAGUAAAAAGUCGAUGGCAUCAAGUCCGGACGCACCUAAAGACGAUAAAUCAAGUUCUGCCUCGGUAUCGUCAACAGUGGCACCAGUGAUAUCAGAUAGUACUGGCGAUUCAGCUGUGACCAAUCAAGCCGAAGAAAAAACGACUGUUUGAAAAAGUUCAUAACCAAGAAAUGUUCUAUCAUCAAAUAAAUGAAAUAUAUUAAAAAAUA